GGCGGCCCGCAGUCGUGGAGGAGCGGUGGGAGCGUCGGCGACCGCGGGCGAUGCAACUUCCGGACGGGACUCCCCUCUGUCCUCGCCACACGUCUCCCCUUCCUUUCGCCUAGUCCCGUGCUGUCUCCCGUCCGCGACUCUUCCCGCCCAGAGCUUUGGGAGUGCAGUUGCUCAGGGGAAGCCAUCGCCGCCCCCGCCUCGGGGCCGAGUGAGUGCCAGUCGCGCCGCCUCGUCCCCCCGGGCCGCCUCCUUGCCCCCAGUGGCGGGCUCCGUUCUCGCUCGAAGCACUCCCCCCAGCUCCAUGAAUGGAAAUCGGCUCCGCAGGACCCGCUGGGGCCCAGCCCCUACUCAUGGUGCCCAGAAGACCUGGCUAUGGCACCAUGGGCAAACCCAUUAAACUGCUGGCUAACUGUUUUCAAGUUGAAAUCCCAAAGAUUGAUGUCUACCUCUAUGAGGUAGAUAUUAAACCAGACAAGUGUCCUAGGAGAGUGAACAGGGAGGUGGUUGACUCAAUGGUUCAGCAUUUUAAAGUAACUAUAUUUGGAGACCGUAGACCAGUUUAUGAUGGAAAAAGAAGUCUUUACACCGCCAACCCACUUCCUGUGGCAACUACAGGGGUAGAUUUAGACGUUACUUUACCUGGAGAAGGUGGAAAAGAUCGACCUUUUAAGGUGUCAAUCAAAUUUGUCUCUCGGGUGAGUUGGCACCUACUGCAUGAAGUACUGACAGGACGGACCUUGCCUGAGCCACUGGAAUUAGACAAGCCAAUCAGCACUAACCCUGUCCAUGCUGUUGAUGUGGUGCUACGACAUCUGCCCUCCAUGAAAUACACACCUGUGGGGCGUUCCUUUUUCUCAGCUCCAGAAGGAUAUGACCACCCUCUGGGAGGGGGCAGGGAAGUGUGGUUUGGAUUCCAUCAGUCUGUUCGGCCUGCCAUGUGGAAAAUGAUGCUUAAUAUCGAUGUUUCUGCUACUGCCUUCUACAAAGCACAACCUGUAAUUCAGUUCAUGUGUGAAGUUCUUGAUAUUCAUAAUAUUGAUGAGCAACCAAGACCUCUGACUGAUUCUCAUCGGGUAAAAUUCACCAAAGAGAUAAAAGGUUUGAAGGUUGAAGUGACUCAUUGUGGAACAAUGAGACGGAAAUACCGUGUUUGUAAUGUAACAAGGAGGCCUGCCAGUCAUCAAACCUUUCCUUUACAGUUGGAAAAUGGCCAAACUGUGGAGAGAACAGUAGCACAGUAUUUUAGAGAAAAGUAUACUCUUCAGCUGAAGUACCCGCAUCUUCCUUGUCUGCAAGUUGGGCAGGAGCAGAAACAUACCUACCUGCCGCUAGAAGUCUGCAAUAUUGUGGCAGGGCAACGAUGUAUCAAGAAGCUCACAGACAAUCAGACUUCCACUAUGAUCAAGGCAACAGCAAGAUCUGCACCAGAUAGACAAGAGGAAAUUAGCAGAUUGGUAAGAAGUGCAAAUUAUGAAACGGAUCCAUUUGUCCAGGAGUUUCAAUUUAAAGUUCGGGAUGAAAUGGCUCAUGUAACUGGACGUGUACUUCCAGCACCUAUGCUCCAGUAUGGAGGACGGAAUCGGACAGUUGCAACACCGAGCCAUGGAGUAUGGGACAUGCGAGGGAAACAGUUCCACACAGGAGUUGAAAUCAAAAUGUGGGCUAUCGCUUGUUUUGCCACACAGAGGCAGUGCAGAGAAGAAAUAUUGAAGGGUUUCACAGACCAGCUGCGUAAGAUUUCUAAGGAUGCAGGGAUGCCCAUCCAGGGCCAGCCAUGCUUCUGCAAAUAUGCACAGGGGGCAGACAGCGUAGAGCCCAUGUUCCGGCAUCUCAAGAACACAUAUUCUGGCCUACAGCUUAUUAUCGUCAUCCUGCCAGGGAAGACACCAGUGUAUGCGGAAGUGAAACGUGUAGGAGACACACUUUUGGGUAUGGCUACACAAUGUGUUCAAGUCAAGAAUGUAAUAAAAACAUCUCCUCAAACUCUCUCAAACUUGUGCCUAAAGAUAAAUGUUAAACUUGGAGGGAUCAAUAAUAUUCUUGUACCUCAUCAAAGACCUUCUGUGUUCCAGCAACCAGUGAUCUUUUUGGGAGCCGAUGUCACUCAUCCACCUGCUGGUGAUGGGAAGAAGCCUUCUAUUGCUGCUGUUGUAGGUAGUAUGGAUGCCCACCCAAGCAGAUACUGUGCCACAGUAAGAGUUCAGAGACCCCGACAGGAGAUCAUCCAGGACUUGGCCUCCAUGGUCCGGGAACUUCUCAUUCAGUUUUAUAAGUCAACUCGGUUCAAGCCUACUCGUAUCAUCUUUUAUCGGGAUGGUGUUUCAGAGGGGCAGUUUAGGCAGGUAUUAUAUUAUGAACUACUAGCAAUUCGAGAAGCCUGCAUCAGUUUGGAGAAAGACUAUCAACCUGGAAUAACCUACAUUGUAGUUCAGAAGAGACAUCAUACUCGAUUAUUUUGUGCUGAUAGGACAGAAAGGGUUGGAAGAAGUGGCAAUAUCCCAGCUGGAACAACAGUUGAUACAGACAUUACACACCCAUAUGAGUUUGAUUUUUAUCUCUGUAGCCAUGCUGGAAUACAGGGUACCAGUCGUCCUUCACACUAUCAUGUUUUAUGGGAUGAUAACUGCUUUACUGCAGAUGAACUUCAGCUGCUAACUUACCAGCUCUGCCACACUUACGUACGCUGUACACGAUCUGUUUCUAUACCUGCACCAGCGUAUUAUGCUCACCUGGUAGCAUUUAGAGCCAGAUAUCAUCUUGUGGACAAAGAACAUGACAGUGCUGAAGGAAGUCACGUUUCAGGACAGAGCAAUGGGCGAGAUCCACAAGCUCUUGCCAAGGCUGUACAGAUUCACCAAGAUACCUUACGCACAAUGUACUUUGCUUAAAUAGUCCAAGUAUAUUCUCUGAGAGGAAGUACUGAAAGAUGAAUUGACAUACAACGUAUGUUUCCAGUGGAGUCAAUUGAGUAAGGACACCUCCAGCCAUACAGAAACCAACACUGUGUGGGGGCCAAGGUCUGAUCCUUAUGUUAAUACAAGGAAGAUUGUUUACUUCAUCAAGGAACACAGCAUCAUUAUGCAAUAUGAAACCAGCCAACUGCUUUUUGUGCGGUCUCCUGUAGGAAGUAUCGCAAUUGUUCUGUUUUCAUUUCUUGUAGUCUAACCCUUUUUAAUGCCUUUACCUCAAGUUGCUUGGCAGCACAACUAUCUUUGCAAAAAAAAAAAAA